UACGCCUAUGGUUCAUGGGGAUCCAAAUGUUAUUAACCCUUUCUUCUUUUCCCCCGGCUUUGUGGAAUUUAGUGUAGGAGGAAUAACAAAACAGGCAAAAGCUAUUGGUAGUGGUUUCUGAACUGUAGAUAAUCUAGGCGGCGCUGCCGUGUUCAGCUCAGUCGGUUUCUUGACUGAUGACGUCAUCACCCAGCAUUUCUGCAGAUACAGAUCAUAAGGUGUUAAUAAUGGGAGACAAGCUUGUACUCAGAGGUUUAAAGUUCCACGGGUAUCACGGGGUGAAGCAAGAAGAAAGGAAGCUUGGCCAGAAGUUCUUGAUAGAUGUGGAUGCCUGGACUGAUCUGCGAGCAGCUGGUACUUCUGAUCACCUCUCAGAUACUAUAAGUUAUACUGCCAUAUAUGCCAUUGUCAAAGAAGUUGUAGAAGGACCACCAAAAAAUCUCUUGGAAUCUGUGGCUCAACUCAUUGCAUCUACAACCCUGUCCAAGUAUCCUCAGAUUUCUGCAGUUCGUGUGCAGGUCGGAAAGCCACAUGUUGCUGUUCAUGGUCCGGUAGACUACUUGGGUGUUGAGAUCAUACGGUACAGAAGUUCUGAUUUAUAGAGUAUUGUCACCUGACCUCAUUUCUUGUAUCAAUAUAGGAAGUUAUAGCCACUCUUGAGUUGGCAAAUAUGUUUUCGAUUUAAUAGCUGUUCAUUUCACCUAUUAUUCAUGCUACAACUAUUAUUAUUGUUAUUGUUAUUAUUUUUUGGUAAUAUCCAAUGCUAUAGCUACUUUCGGCAAUGUGGCGUAGGGAUUUUGGUAGCCGUUUCCACGGGCUUUAAUUUGGCUGUGUCUCUCGCCUGAAUCUACCAAAGGUGUUACAAUGUUUGCGGUGAUCAUAGUAAAUGUUUAGUUGCCAAGAAA